AAAACUUCCCUGUCUGUAUCACGACAACCAGUCAUGGGGAACUGUUUGGGCACAUGUUUUGGUUCUAUCCGUCGGAAAAGUAAAGUAAACUACUUUGGUGGACGAUACAAAGAAUACAACGUUGGGAUUGAAUUUGAAAGUCUAAUCGAGGAUGACUUGGUCCAGCAGUCGGAGCGGGCGGCUAUAACCGACUCGGAGAGGGACCAUCUGCUCAACAAGCGAUACAGCGACCUGGUCAAGGACCAGAAGAGAAGGGAUGCAGAAAUUGACUCGGAGCUUAAGAAACAAGAGGAGAACAUCCGACUAGAGGAAGAGGCCUACAUUGCAGCAAAGCGAGAAUCGGCGAGAGCAGCGUUACAGACGAGGGCCCGGGAACCGCGGAGGAGUAGACCUGUAGCAAACGGGACAGCCAAGUCCUCGUGGUUGGGCGACAACGAAAGCGAGUGGAAUGUGUUGUGGGAAAAGACCUCAUAUGAACCUUCCCAUGGUCUUAGAAAAAGUGAGCUAAAGAAAAAAGCCGGGGCUGACGAGGACGACUUUGAAACAUUCCUAGAGUCUGUGAAGGCACGAUCUCAAUCGGUCAGAGCAAACGGCUUGGCACAUAACCCGUACGGUAGUAUUGGGUAUGCGACUACUGGUUUUAGCCAUCCAGAGACAUCAGACAGCUCUCCUAAAUCGCGAGAAGCCUCCAAUGAGCCGACGGAGUCUGAUUCAGACUUUGAACCCGAGUUUGUCUCAGCUGAAACAGUACAAGUACAAGUGCCAACAAAGGACGCUCCAAACCCUGCAGAAGCUGAGCAGUUGCCGCACAACUCUAGGACAAACGUUGCCCCGCAAUCAAACCUUGACCGGGUUGUUGUUGAAAUGCACAAUGAGGAGAAAAUUCCCGGAGCAGGCAGAAUUGAAGAGACGCCAAUGGACUCUAGGAACUUUACACAGUCCACAGCAGUGCAAUCUGGGAAGGAGAGCGGGCUGGACAGAAACCCCACAAACCAAGUGUUAGAUGAGCCAAACGAGAGCAGAACAAACAGUGCAGAAACAGUACAGGCAACAAAACCAACCUUCAAAUCGUCAGCCACAGAGGAUGAUCCUUUCGAUUUUGACCGAUUCCUUGAGGAGCUGGAUCUAGAGUGACAACCAAAUGGUUCUCAGGAAAACAGGAAAAAAGAUUCUUGUCUUUUUUUUUUAUCAAAUCCCUAUGAUCAAGACUUGAACUCAACAACGUGAGCAACCGAAAUGUAUUGUAUCCGUUAUUUAUCCCGUGCUUCUGACUCAAGAAAAUAAACCAGACAUGGUGCAGUGACUUUGAAAUACAUGUACAAGAUCUGGUAUCAAGCAUGUGCUUGACAUUAAUUACAUUGCUUGUCAAUGAGGAGGCACUAAAUUUGCAUAUAUUUACAUACUUUCGUGCAUGUAAGCGGAGUACUAUACAUACACAUAGACAAUUUCAGUGUAUAAUUAUAAUGUAGAUUCAAACAUUUAUUUUUCAAAUUCAAAGGCAGUGGGAUCAUUUGUCUUUACCAGGAAAAUGUACCUUUCAAAUUCCAGAAACCCUUCCUGAAAUGAAGAGUGAACUGGUGGAGUCAGGCUGUCUCGCAUCUAAUCUCUGGUACCGGCAGUUAAUGAAAUUAUGCCCCAGAAAUAGCCAUAAUUAGGUUUGAGAUAGAUGGGAUUGCCUUGGGAAUACAAAAUGGGAUUUUGAUCGCUGUUCAUGAUAUCUGACAAAUUAUCAUACACAGCGACAACUUAAAUUUACUUUGUUAUUAUUCAUUUUGGCCCGCAUUGGUUUGAUGUCCACGCACGAGGGCAUGUGGUCUGCACCUGUGUAAUAACCGCUGUAUAAAAACAGGGUACAUGUACCUUGGGCUUUCAGGGGUUUUGUACAGUUCACUUAUAGAUUUCAAAAAAAAUAUUGCAAAUUUCGUAUGCCCAGAAGGCAAGGUGUUUUACGUUUAGUGCCAGUGUUGCCAAAUGGUGAUUAGUUACGAGCUUUGGUUGCAACUUGGAGCAAAUGGCAAGAGAAAAAAAAUUAGAGUUAGCAAUUCAGUGGACACAAAAUGUGCAUUUACCUGAAACUUUGGCAACCGUUUAGCAUUUGCCAGCUAGAGACUUGAGUCCGAUGCUUGUGUAUUCUGUGUUUAAUGCCACAUGAUGGGAACAAGUACAUGCCUGUGUGUUUUGCACUAGAGUUCAUGAAGAUUGCCCUUGACGCUCCCAAGGGCAGGUCCGGGGGGGGGGAACAGGAACCAUGUCCCCACCCCACCCCAACCCACCCCAAGGACCCUUCGACCCCUAGGGCCCCCACCCCAUUUUUUUCUAAAUGAAUGAGAAAAUGACAAUUUGGGGGUCUGUUGCGUUUCCUUUCAGAAGCAUGUAAAAAGCCCCAAAACACAGCCUCACCCCUCCAAAAGGCCACGAAAGGUUACUCGAGAAAAAUUUCAAAAAAUUCUACGUCGCCCCUUCCCAAAACAAGUUUGGCCCCCGAAAAUUUAGUCUUGGGUCCGCCCUUGGGUGCUCACACGUUUUCAACUCUGUUGGAUGCACAUGCAUCAAAUUCAAGAGGUUAAGUUUGCCAUUUUUGAAUGCAGCCAAUCAUAUUUAUCGUGAAAAUAAAUGAUGUCAAAACAGUGAGCAUGAAGCAGGUGCGUGGAGAUACAUGUAUGUAUGUAAAUACCGAUAUAAAAUUAUCUUAAUAUUGUAUUAUUUUUGGUUGGCCUUUUUUAUUGAAUGUAAAAUGUUUUCUCUUUUUUCUCUUAUCUUUACACGUUAUUCACAUUUUUCUUUUAUUUGGUUCAACUUUUCUGAAGAUCAGUGGGAGUUCUGCUCUGUGCAGGAAAAAUAGGUGAUAUGUUUUAGGAACCACAUUUGGACUGAGCCAGGAAUUGAACCCGGGCCACAGAGUUGAAAGGCAUUUCAUGUCAACUCCAACCUAACUUUCCUGUUGAAAUGUGUGUCUUUGUACGUGCACCACACUCCAAAUUGAAAGAAUUUCCCACCACCGUGUCUCGCCUUUGUUCUUGAGGUUGUUCAUGUUGUCAGUGUAAAUUGUUUGAAAAUGUUGGAAUUUCUGGUAUUGUAAACUUCCAUUUUCAAGAUUCUUUGUCACAAUUGAAAAUGAUGGGCCUUGUUCGUGUGUGUCCGAUUUCAAUGAAAUGGUUAAAAAUGAAAACACAUUUACAUAAAUUCAGUGAAUAUAUGGUGUAAGUGCUAUUUCCUCUGCAAAUGUGAGCUUUCGUUGCAUGUGAAGAAGUGUCCAGUGAUUCAUCUGAAAUCUAACUGGUUUCUCUGACAGUCUUUUGUUGUUUUAAGUUUGAAUUGUACAAACAAUUCCGAGUAUUUGAAGAAAACCAGUAUGUACAUGGAAGUAUUGUUUAACUUGCCUAGGUUUACUGUUUGGUUUUUUAGUUUUGAUUUUGUUUUGUUUUUAAUGUUUUCACGACAGUGACUUACUUAGCCUUGAAGAAUAUAUGCAGAAAUACCUUGGA